UUAGAAGAGUUACCAGAAAAGGAGCAAUGGAGUCCGGAUAUUGAGAAAGUGUCACUUACGUAUAACUCCAUAUCAGAAAUUUCCAUAGAUGUGCUACCCACAAAAUGCUAACUGCUCACAACGUUGUUAUUGCAGAACAACCUUAUAAAGAAGAUCCCAUAUUCUUUCUUCACAAACAUGCCUUGUCUUAGUGUUCUCAAUUUGUCCUUCACAAGGAUCGAGAGUUUACCAAAUUCCAUCUCUGAACUAAAGAACCUCACAACAUUGUUGCUUGUUGGCUGUAAUGAAUUAAGAGAUCUGCCAUGUCUUUCGAUGCUUCAAGAAUUGAAGAAGUUGGACCUUAAUCAGACUGAAAUUGAGGAAGUACCUGAAGGCAUGGAUAUGCUGAUAAAGCUAAGAUAUCUUGAUCUUCAAGUGUUCACUCUGAAAGGGAUACCCGCUGGACUUUUACCAAAACUCGUUCACCUUCAGCACUUGGUUUUUCAUCAUAAAAAUGAAAAAACAAGUCUAAAAGCAGAGGAGAUGGAACCAUUGAAGAAGUUGGAAUGCUUUACAUGACAUUUCGAAGACAUCAGUGAAUUCAAUAAGUUCAUCUCCUCGAUGCAACAAAGUAAGAAAAAUCUCAUCAAGUACCAUUUACAAGUGGGCUCAUCUUUUAUGCUUGCUACAAGAGAUAAAGCAGUAACAAUUGGAGGAGUCCAGAAUUGGGAAGGUGAGUUAAUUAUGCACCCAAUUGAAAUUCAAGAGUUGAAUAUUUUAAAGUGCGACUAUUCGAGAAACUUAUUCGAUGAUAAUUCUUCCUUCAAAAGUGCGAUUGACUUGAGGGUUUGUAGGGUUUGGGAGUGUGAAGGGAUAGAGUGUGUUGUUUCCCUGUCCUCGUUUGCCUCUUCUUCUGCUCAUCCAUUUCAGAGCCUCGAGGUGUUAGAUCUUGGAGUUCUGCCAAACUUGAGUGCCCUUAUUAUGAAAGAUGCAGAAAUAGGUUCAGCAACAACAUCAACAUUGGCUCCGUCUACCACCUUUUCCCAUCUUAAGAAAAUUUAUGUAGGGAGAUGCUCAAGUAUGAAGACGUUGCUUCCACAUUGGUUGCUUCCAAACCUCCAAAACCUGGAAAAAAUACAGGUGGAGGAUUGUAGCCAGCUAGUAGAAAUAUUGGGAGCAGAAACAUCAGAAGUUGAAGAAAAAGGGAGUGAUGCAUUAAUCAAAUUCCAUCUUCCCAAAUUGAGAGAACUGGAAUUGUGGGUAUUACCAAAUUUGAAGAGCAUAUGCAGCAAAAGUGGAGUGAUGGUUUGUGAUUCUCUCCAACUUAUCCAUAUUACUAGUUGUGAUAAACUGAAGAGAAUUCCUCCAUCUGUUCCCCUUGUUGGCAAUGGGCAGCCAUUUGCAUAUGCUCCACCUUCUCUUACCAUCAGGUCAUGGAAAGACUGGUGGGAAUCGUUGGAGUGGGAUGACCAUCCAAACUUUAAAAAUGUUCUUCAACCCCUUUGGAAGGAUAAAAGGCGUAUUUGGUGAUGAUGUUGAAGAGAAAGAUAAAAGGGUUGGUGGGAAAGAAGGAUAGUGCAAAAGAGAGGAGAAAAGGAAUGAUGGAAGGAAGAGGUCAUGUAACUCACUGUUUACAAAAUAAGGAUCACACGGACGGAUGACACAGCCGUGCAUUAGGCCAUGUGAGACACACGGGCAAGCAAACAGGUAAAUCACAGGCUUAGAUGAGUUGGUGGAUGGGGAGCUCAGUUUCAGUAUUUUAAACUGUUUAGUAGUACUAGUAUUGUUAGUUGUUUUUCGCGUUUUCAAUUUAGUUGGACGAUAAACCAAAUUUCUUGCCUUGUUAGUUCUUUAAAUCUUAUAUGACUCUGAAGGAUUUUAAAGCUAAGUUAUGAAGUUGCUUUAUUAUUAUUA